GAAAACUAUGCAAUUUCAUGAAAAAUCGAUGAAAAUUUCGCAGCAACGAAAGUUUGAAAUUACAGUACUCCUCAAAGGUGCACACCACUUUUAUUCAACAAAAAUUUGUCGUGUCGAGACCGGGUACCGUAUUUUUGGUGGAAAAUCGGAAGAUAUCGCGUCUGGAAAAAAAUGUUCCGCUGGUUGUUCCAAAGUGAGGGUGUCACUAGAAGUUUCGAUACACCAUCAGAAACUCAAAGUGCACGUGAUGACAGAAAAACAAUCGGAGAUUAUGCUGAUAAUUUUCUUCUUUUUGAUCUCGUUAUGGGUGAAGUUGAAAUGGCUGUUAUUCGGUUUGAAAUUGAAAAAGAAGAAAAAGAAGAAGCCGAGAGAAAAGCAGAAAGACGCCCCGAUUAUUCAUGGCUCAUAUCUGGAAAUAUGAAUCGAGCAAGGAAACAACUUUCGAUUAAUGAGAAGAACAGAAUUGAAAACGCAUGUGAACGUCUAAAACCAUGUGAGUGGUCAAAAACAAUUGACACGUGGAAAAUAAAAACACAGAAUCCAAGUACUCGUGAUCAAAUCAUUGAGAAUUUUGUGAUAGCCACUCACGAGACAAUUCAAUCCAGAAAACAUGAGCCAACAAUCACUGAAGUUUUGAAAAAUUUUGCGACGGGAAGAUCUGGAAGUUUGCAUACGGUGAGCCAUGGAGAAUUGCCACGUGUCGGAUCGGGAAGAAAUAUAUCGGAACUUUCAUUCAUUGAAUUACAAGAAAUGGUAUAAAAAUAAACCGACAAUAUCUUAUUUUUCUAAAUUACUUUUAAUUUUUAUUCAAUUUUUGGAUUAUAAAUAUUUGUUCUUCACCAACUCCGGCUCGUUUUGCUUCUGUAAUAUACAUUUUUAAAUUGUGAUUACUGUAUUUGUAUGCCAAUAAAGUUUAUUUUGAAACAA